GCACUGCAGACGCUUCGAGGAUUGUUCAGUUCUCAGAUUUUGGUUAUCUACUCAGCAAGGGCCGUUCAACAUGAGCAGCGACUGGUUUUGGGGACAUCGUCUUUCAGGGAUGACGAUCGAUGAUCACUGUCGAGAUGGGGGUCAACAAGCAGCACUAAUCUGAGUGUGCAGUAAGUGCACAGCUGGGAUUUAUAGAGGUAGGACGCCUUUCAAACAUCAGUUGUGAAUUUGCGGUAUUCCCGUCAGGUUUGAAUACGAUGAAGGUAUCAGCGUUGCUGGCCGCGCUGGUUGCCGUAGCCAUCAGCAUUUCGAUUCCACCCACUGCUUCAGCGGCAGUCACCACUUUCGCGGAACGGUCGUACGGCGAGAUUGUAGAGUUUCUCCUGGAGCUCGAAACCAAGUAUGAGGAAUACGCUGAAGUAUUCAGCGUACAGGACAAGUACGACCUACCCAAGCACAAGGAAGUGGAUUGCAAUCGGAACCACAAGACGGUACCAUGCGAGCAGUACGUGAUCAAGAUCACGGAUGAGGCAACUUUGCCGGACCCCGAGCGACCCGAGUUGAUCUUCAGUGGUGCUGUGCACGGCAAUGAAAGAGUAGGUCCACAGGUUGUUGUUGCGCUGGCGGAGCUCUUGCUGUCGCACGCAAACAGAACGGAUGGCAACCCGUGGCUACAGCACCUCGUCAAGACUCGUACAAUCGUGAUCGUGCCAACCGCUAACGCCUACGGCUACAAUCACAACGUCCGGGAGGAACUUGAUGUUGAUCCAAAUCGUGAUUUCCCGUACAAUUUGGGUGAUGACGAGGAAUGUAUGGUGACCACGGCUGCACGUGCACUUAACGAACUGUGGCGAGACCAUUUGUUCCAGCUUGGCAUCACUUUCCACGCUGGUAUGGAAUGCAUAACUUACGAGUGGGGAGGCAAGAAUCAUGUCAAAGAGUCUGGCAAAAGUGAGAAGAGUCCUGACGAUCGUAGUCAGCAACAACUCUCGCGCAUUAUGUCUCGAUUUGGAGGUAAAUUUGAAGAGAGCGGACAGUAUUACCCAGACGGCACUAUGAAUGAUGUUGUGUAUGCUGUGGACGGUGGAAUGGAAGACUGGGGAUAUGCAGCGUCUUGGGAGAACGAGUUUACAACUCCGAAGCCCAUUAAAGAGUGCAACCCGCCAAGUUUUGGAGGAUACCCAGCCGAGAAGACCAGGUACAACAACGCUACCCACCGUGCGUUUAAUGUCCUGAUCGAGGCCAGCGACAGUAAGCAGCCGAAUGCAACAAACUGGGGAGAUAGCUUGACGCUAUCGGACGAAGCAUUGAGUGACUAUUUACCAGCGACAGCAAUGGUGGGCCACGUUCCUCGUAAUGUUCGCUUGUCACUGCUGUAUAUCGAUCUGGUGCAGCCAUAUCUUCUCUGGAAGACGUACCCGCACAACACCCCCAUUAAGGAAACUGUAACUUUUAAUUGGGAGGUAGCGGGGGCUAUCACGGUGGACAGCACGCAGUUGAAGGUUUGGUCCGAUGAUCCUGCUAAUGCCACCCUUACACAGUCUCAAAAAGGUGUCACGCGAUGGUAUCACGAGGAUCUGGGUCUGGAAGUGGGAACCAACAACAAGGGUUCGUUCAACGCUGAUGUCGAAUUCCCGGCAGCUGGAACGUACUACGUCCAGGCGAUUGCCACAGUCGACCAGGACUGGGCUACUCAAGGCACUGGUGAAGACAUUCCAGUGCCCAAGAUUAAACCGCAAGCGCAUAUUGUGAAUGUUCGAACCAACGAUGACUGGUUGUAUUCAAACAACGGCCGGGUCGUGCGAGGGCAAACAGUAUGGACUUCGUACAUGGUGAAGAUCGUCGUGUCCUAGUGUUCCUAGUGAAUUGUCAAGAUUUGUCUAGGAAACACUUGUCAAACGCAAAACCAAUUUGCCAACGAUAAAGGCGUUUGUUAUCAAUGCUCAUCGCCGCAAGGAAACCCUCUC